AUGGCACCCAUUGCUAUUGAUACCGUCUUUGUCGUAAGGCAUGGUGAACGUCUCGAUCACGUAUCCAAGGCAUGGCAACCUGAUCCAGCACACGGCUUGUGGGAUCCUCCUUUAUCAGACAAGGCAAUGCAACGUCAGGGACGAGACCAAGCUAACCGUACCGGCCAAUACCUUGUGCGCCUAAUGCAUGACAGCAACAUUGACUUUGCCACUGCACGAAUCGUCAUUUAUACCUCGCCAUUUCAACGAUGCCUUGAUACGGCACUUGAUAUCGCACAGCAUUUCCCUUGUCGCAACACCACGCUACGGCUUGAACUUGGUUUAGGAGAAUGGAUGUCAGAAGAAUUCUUUAGCGAUCCGCCAAGCCCAGCAACACGUCUCAUAUCCAGGCAACAGGAAGCACUUGCACGUAAACAAUUGGCAUCUUACAAAACAACAUCCUUGACCAUGCCACAAGUGGACUAUGCACAUCCAUCCAUAGCCAAUGAAUUUACAUACCCUGAAUCUUAUACCGACAUGGUGAAGCGAUUGGAAAAGACACGUACGCAUUGUUUGCAACAAGCAAAGGACAAAGAGAUUGCUAUAUUUGUGACACAUGCCAUUUGUUGUCAUGCAUUACUGGAUGGUUUCCGUGGCAAACAAACUCGACCUCUUGAAGCCCCUUAUUGCAGCGUAUCACGUAUUACCCACACAAAGCAACCUGACACCACUACCAUUCAUACACCUCCUCCUUCUCCCCCAUCCACCAAUGACAAUGAUGAUGAUCAUCCAUGGAACACUGAUCUAUUGUUCUCCAACAUUCACCUUGAACAUUAUUGA